AUCCCUUUCAUUCCAUUCGAAGCUGUGCAAGGGAUAGGUUUCGAUCCCAGGCUAAACAAAAAUAAAUUAUAUAUUUCCGAGCUAUUUUCCAGUAGGGAAAUAAAUUGAAAUUCUCGACAGUAUGUCAUCGUAUUUGGCACGUCUGUUGAAGGCUCAGGCCGCCUCCAAGCGACUCAUCUCGCAAUUGACGAAGCGCGAAGGGAAACUCAGUACCCUGCUGCGUCGCAUGGGUCUGCAGAAGUGGGCGGAUACUGAAUCCACACGUGAAAUAUCCACAACUCCAGUACGAAUGGCGGAGAUGGCCGAUGACAUGGAGCUGGCCACUGGCAUUGCCAAGCGCGAGAUGCUGCUGAAGGAACAGGGCUGCGGUGAUCCCUGGGGACUGGGCAAGAUUCUGAAGCGUGGAUCUGGCAGGCUGAACGAUCCCACACAAAUACCAUCGGCAUUUGAUGGUCGCCUUGUGGGCUGUUUGUGCCUGGACGACCGCUUCGCCAAGUGGAUGUGGCUGGAGAAGGGACCACCGAAGCGUUGCGAGUGCGGGCACUACUUUGUGCUGAAGCAAGUGCCGCCCGUUUAGUGGCAAACAAUCAACAAACACACACACACACACACACACAC